CAGGUAAAAGAAGGAAACAGGACGCAGCUGCAGCUCCGCAGUUCACGGCCAAACCCUGAACAGACACACUUUGUUUUCAUCUCUCUUUCCUCCUGACUCCUCCACACUGAAGCCUCAGCCUGUUGCACACUUUGUCUCUGUACUGAGAGAGCUCAGUCUGUCGCUGCUGGGAGCAUGGCUGCCAUCAAGGCUUUGGAGCAGUGGUGUAAAAUGCAGUGUGAUGGCUACCGAGAUGUGGCCAUCACCAACAUGACGACCUCAUUCAAGAACGGAUUGGCUUUUUGUGCUCUUAUACACAAGUACAGACCGGACCUGAUAGACUAUGACUCACUCAAAGAGGAGGAUGUGUUUGAGAACAACAGACUGGCCUUUCAGGUCGCAGAGGAGAAGUUGGGGAUUCCAGCUUUGUUAGAUGCAGAAGACAUGGUGGCUUUAAGGAUCCCAGACAGGCUGAGCAUUCUUACCUACGUCUCCCAGUACCACAACUACUUCAAAGGACGUUCUCCCAUGGGAGGUGUAAAAAGGCCAGCAGAGGGCUCCAAGGAGGAGCCAUCAGAGAAGAAAAAUCUCCCAGUGGUUGCCAAAACCUUUGUGUCUAAAACCGCCAUUGAGAAUCGUUCACCCUCCACUCUCACUGCUCAGACUUCGCCCAAGUUGGCCAGAGCUGCUGUUCAGAAGGCAGUUCUUGCAGAAAACGCCAACAAAAAUGGGACUCUCAAUAGCAAAUGUGCUGCAUGCAAGAGCCAUGUUCAUCUGGUUCAGCGGCACUUUGUGGAAAGCAAGCUCUAUCACAGAAGCUGUUUCAAAUGCAGUGAAUGCUCCAGCGUGCUUCAUGCAGGAGGCUACAAACCUGGGAAGAAUCCAGACGCUUUUAUCUGCAACGCCCACCAGAACAGUUGCAAACCAUCCUCCUCCGAGGCUGGCAUCAAAAACGGACCCGCCAGUUCAGCUGGGCGAUUAAAUAGUGCCAGCCAGACCCAGCCUGCACCACGCCCCUCUUCUGUGCUGUCAGCCCCAUUGAGUAUUGUCCUGAAGCCAGUCAGUCCUACUCCACCUUCCCAGUCCUGGACGGCCUCAGCCCAGAAGACGCAGACGGCCCGGCAGAGGUUUUUCCAGGCUGCAGCGCCAGUCACAGAGGCCUCGACAGGUAACAGGAAGCCGACAGAGCCCUCGACAGGUAACAGGAAGCCGACAGAGCCCUCAAGUGUUUUAGGAAGGCCAAAGGUCACACUGAGUCCUGAUGAUGAGAAGAGCAGAGCCAGGACAACCAAUGGAAAGAAACUGGCAGAGGAAAACUGUAACAAUAACAACAAACGCCCGUUCACCAUCCGACCAGCAGAGAGACGGUUUGGAGAUGAGCCAAGUUCAGCUGACAUCCCCGGUUUGAGAAAAGAUAAAUGCAGCCAAGGCCCAGCAGGAAACUGGGCAGGACAGCCCUCCACCAGCCAGACAAACAAGAAGGAACCGCCAUGUCUGAAGGCCAUCAACAAAGACAACACAAGGCCAACAACUGUACACACAACUGCCAAAGAUCCAGUCUGGGGGCUAUUGAAGUUCAAACCUGUGAAAAUCGAGCUAGCUUUAAAAGAUACUGAAGCCUUUACUGAGCAGCAUAAGCCUGGAGUCAUGUCCAUGACUUCCUCUAAUGUCCCCAUCAUUACAACAAGGCCUCCCUCGGCUCCAACACCUGCACUACCUCCGGUUCGUUUUGCUCCGUUUGAUCCUGCACUCUUUAGAGAAGUCUCUCCCCAGAAGCCUCAGCUUGGCUCUGGAAGACCUGCGUUUAAACAUGGGAGUCACUCGCCUGUGAAAUCCCCAACCAGACGGCCAGCUGUGGAAUCUAUUAGCUCUUCAUCGACUGCUCCAGCCAAUCACGGAAAUCCGUCAGGUGCUAAAAAGGGAAAGUAUUUGUCACCCACCAACGCCUCCAGGACUGAAAUGAGGUCACCCUCUGUGAAGUCUUAUCAUGUUCCAGCGGAGCAGAUUGAGAGGGACCUGAAUGAUAUUGAGACAAACUUGGCUCAGCUGGAGAAGGAGGGUGUGGAGCUGGAAAAGAAACUCCGCAGCUGUGAGGAAGAGGGGGAGGGAGACAUACUGAUGGACCCACUGAUGGUCGACUGGUUCAACCUGAUUCGAAAGAAGCAGAUGUACAUCAGGAACGAGUCAGAGCUUGUAUACAUAGCCAGGAUUCAGGAGCUGGAGCAACAGCAGCCAGGUGUGGAGGGGGAACUUCGCAGGCUGCUGGAGAAGCCAGAUCAUUUAAAGUCCAGAGAGGAGCGACAGCGGGAGAAGAAGUUGAUGCAGAGACUGAUGGAGAUUGUGGACGGCAGAAAUGCAAUAGUGGAGGGUCUGGAUGAAGACAGGCUGAGGGAAGUGGAGGAGGAUCAGCAGUUGAAUGAAAUGAUGAAAAAUCUUGGAGUAAAGAAAGCCAAAAAUAAGAGGAAAUCCUCCAUCUCAAAACUGUUCAGGCGGAGAAGUAAAAGACGAGUGGAAUGAUCCUUUUUUACUAAACUUACAUUAUUGUUUUAUUGUUUUAAUAUCAACCCAUUUUAGAAUAUUUUUAAGGUUUUUAUAUUGAAGUACUGCAGUACAUAGUGUGCUAAUGAGAAGGCGUAACGGAUCAAAUCAUGUGUUGUCUUUCUAGUUGUUUCAGAAUAUUUCAAAUUUAAAGGUUCAGUUAAAAUGUUUUUGUUCAACAUUCACCUUCAGUUCUUUGUUUGAUGUUAUUUAGGUGAAGUGAAAAUUUCUAAAUGGCUUAUGAUUCAAUCUUUGCGGUUUUCACAAUGGGUGUCCUGUUUUUUCACAAUUGUUUUUCACAGUUUUUUCAAAAAAGGAAAUGGUGUUUAAUUACGUGGCAAAUGCAGCUGCGAGUAUUUUCACUUAUAUUGAUUUCAGUAGAGGAGCGUCACACGAAAAAAAAAUGCCCUCAGUCGUGAAUAUGUUUGUUAUGUAAAGAUUAUGUGUAUUUAUUGAAUGAUUGGAAUGAGUUAUCUAAUUAUUAAUUUUAGCAAAUCAACUUGCACUGGGUCAAAAAAAUUGGAUGUUGGGUGUUAAAAUGACAAGCUAUCAUGGUUUUAAAACUACAGAGGGAACACUGGCUGUUCCACAUGCAAAUGAGAAUAAAUGUGUAAUCCUUCAACCGUCUUGAUCCUAAAUGAAAUUAUUUCAGUAUUUAUUUAAUAAUGGAUUUUAACAAAUUUCCUGUAAGGAUAUUAGCAGGAGAAAAAAAGCCUUGACAAUUGAGUUUGAAUGGCUGUGGAGUGUAAAAUGGAGAGCCACACAUGUUGCAGACUGUAGUUCCUCUCUCUCACUGUACUGUAGGUGGCAGCCUGGGUAUGCUCUAUCACAAGGCAAGAACUUGGAAAUCCAAUUUGCCACAGUACGGACAGUUAAUUUCUUUGCUAAUUUUAUAAAUGCUGCAAAAAUGUUCAGCUGUGCUGAUGCAAUAAUGUUAUGUGAAAGAGGAUUAGGUAGAGCAGUAGCUUAUGGCCGGGGAAGGCUUAUAAACUAUAGGUUGUAUUGAGCUCUUUAUCUUCAAACCGGGUUUAAUUAAACAUUACUCUUUACUAAUAUCUGCAUCAGAAAUGCUCCGCACCUGAGCUAUUAAAAUGUUCCAACGUCGUGUGGAGUCACUCAUGUGUGAAAAUGGCAUUCGCAGUGUUUGUAAGGAAUGUACUGUAUAAUGUUGCAUUUUAAGUGUCACUGAAUGUACUUGUACUCCUAUUUAUAACAUUUUUAAACUUGAAAAUCUGUAGUCCAAUAAAUCCUUUGA